AACCAGACUCCCUUUACCUUAAUAGUCUGAAGGGGGUUUUAUAGCUUUCAUUCAUUCAAGGAAAUGGUUUAGGCUUUAGACUACCGGAGACUUAGCAAAAAACUCUUUGGCACCAGAUUAUUCUUACUUUUUUUUUUUUUUUUUUUUUUUUUGCAAACAAGAUUUUUUCAUGACUUUUUUUUUUUAAUUUAAACAAACAAUCCCAAAAGUGUUAAUGGAAAAAACCCGGAGAGAAGUGGAGAUCGAAGACCGUCUCCUGCUCCCCCCCUUCCCCGUCCCUCUCCCCGUGGAUCCCAGCACCAGCCGGAGGUUCAGCCCCCCCUCCAGCAGCCUGCAGCCCGGCAAGAUGAGCGAGGUCAGCCCGGUGGUGGUAGCCCAGCAGCAGCAGCAGCAGCAGCAGCAGCAACAGGACGCGGCGGCCGCCGUGCCCCGGCUGCGCCCCCACGAUAACCGCACCAUGGUGGAGAUCAUCGCUGACCACCCCGCCGAGCUGGUCCGUACCGACAGCCCCAACUUCCUCUGCUCCGUCCUGCCCUCGCACUGGCGCUGCAACAAGACCCUCCCGGUGGCGUUCAAGGUGGUGGCCUUAGGAGAAGUGCCCGAUGGGACGGUGGUGACUGUCAUGGCUGGAAACGAUGAGAACUACUCUGCAGAGCUGCGAAACGCUUCUGCCGUGAUGAAGAACCAGGUGGCCAGAUUUAAUGACUUACGAUUUGUGGGCAGAAGUGGAAGAGGGAAGAGCUUUACUUUGACAAUAACUGUCCUGACAAAUCCCCCCCAAGUUGCUACAUACCACAGAGCUAUAAAGGUUACAGUGGAUGGGCCAAGAGAGCCAAGAAGGCACAGACAGAAGCUUGAUGACUCUAAACCUAGUUUGUUCUCUGAGCGCCUCAGUGAUUUAGGGCGCAUUCCUCAUCCCAGUAUGAGAGUAGGGGUCCCGACCCAGAGCCCACGGCCCUCUCUGAACUCUGCACCAAGUCCUUUUAAUCCACAAGGACAGAGUCAGAUUACAGACCCCAGGCAGGCGCAGUCAUCCCCGCCAUGGUCCUAUGACCAGUCUUACCCAUCCUACUUGAGCCAGAUGACUUCACCGUCCAUUCACUCCACAACUCCCCUGUCCUCCACUCGAGGCACGGGACUUCCAGCCAUUACCGAUGUGCCCAGACGCCUCUCAGGUGCUUCAGAGCUGGGCCCAUUUUCAGAUCCCAGGCAGUUCACAAGCAUUUCAUCCCUCACUGAGAGCCGCUUCUCCAACCCACGAAUGCACUAUCCAGCCACCUUUACCUAUACACCGCCAGUCACCUCAGGCAUGUCACUGGGUAUGUCCGCAACCACUCACUACCACACCUACCUACCACCGCCCUACCCCGGCUCUUCCCAAAACCAAAGUGGACCUUUCCAGACCAGCAGCACUCCAUAUCUCUACUAUGGCACUUCGUCAGGAUCAUACCAGUUCCCCAUGGUGCCGGGAGGGGACCGCUCCCCUUCCAGGAUGCUCCCGCCGUGCACCACCACGUCCAACGGCAGCACACUGCUAAACCCUAAUUUGCCCACCCAGAGUGACGGGGUGGAGGCGGAUGGCAGCCACAGCAGCUCCCCAACCGUCUUGAAUUCUAGUGGCAGGAUGGAUGAGUCCGUUUGGAGGCCGUACUGAGAUUUCUUCCGUAGCCAGCCCGACCUCCGCAAGCCAAAAAAAAAAAAACCCACCAAACCACCAAAUGGUCAACUAACUACGAAGUGCCUGUUUUUUGUUUCUUUUUUUCUAAAAAAAACCCAGAUUUUACCGAUAUGUGCAACUGUGUAGAUGGGAUGAUAAUGGCCAUAAAUAACACAAGAGUUACCAACAUACCACAACCCAUGUUUCAGAUUAUGCGAAUCAAAGCACAUAUUUUCUUUUUUUUUUUCCCCUUGGAAGCAUUUUACCUUGUUUUAUAUUUAAAAUGUACUUUCUACACACACACACACACACACACACACACACACACACACACACACCCAUCAUCCCCUCCUUUUUUUUUGGAAUUUUUCCUCCUUUUUUUUUCCCCUAGAGUUUUGUAAUAACUAGUGAGUACUUUUGCCAACAAGGAGAGAACGGACUCCCCGGAUAUCAGGAGGAACAUGGUGAUGCAAGGCAAAGGCUGCAUUCCCUUUUAUUUCAAUAGAAAACCAAAACUAACCAUGAACUCCAGAUACAGUUGCAAUCAUACAACGUAUGGGACCCUCUCCACACCUGUAGUGCAAUUCACCUGGUUUGUAUUGGUGCACAUAAAAAGGAAAGCAAAGAGCAAGUUGCUUCCAUUUUGCUAUGAUCCAUUCAGACGAAAACAGCUGUCCCAAAAAACUCUGUCCGAGCCUUGCUGCGGAUAACGGUUGGAAUUUCUGUGUUCAUUGCUUUCUUGGUUUGUUUUUGGGUACUUAAAGAGAAUGAGUUUUCAAGUUAGGUGAGCCAACCCCGGGGUUUCCUUUUUUGCUUUUGUAUCCGUUCGUUUUGCCUUCGAUUAGCCAAAAACCAAAAAUAAUAACCAAAACCAUGAAAAACAAAAAACAAAUGUUAUUACUUAUGCAAAAUAUGAAAAUGGCAAUAUAUAUUACUAGAGCCAAAAUGGUAUACAUAGUAUUUGUGUUUGGCUAUUUUCUUUUUUAAUUUUUUUUAAAUUAUAAAUGUGUAAAAUUUGAGGUUGUUUGCUAACAGGAAUCAACAUUUAAGUUUAAAAGAAUAUUUAUAAUUAUUUAAUGACAUUUGGACCCUUUAGACGCUUCUUAAUGUAAUGAUAUAUUGACUUCGGUCUCUAAAAGUGUUUUUUUGUUUUGUUUAGGAUUUUUUUUUAUUAUUACAUUUCUGCAAUAGUGUAAACCUCAGACCUUUACCCAACUCUGAAAAGCAGUUCCAGUGUGAACCAGUUUACAAUGUGACUUAAAAACAACAAACCCAACCUAAAUGCAUCCACAUCAAAUGAUUUGGGAUGUAGGAUCUUUUUAUAUAACUUAUGAAGGAAAUAUUGUGUUUAAAAUAUUUUUAAUAGCUGUCUGGUUGCCUUCAACACAGUCUUGCCUUUUAAUCAGUAGUUGUGGAGACACUGGAAAAAUGGUAGGAAGGAUGAAAUAUUUUCCACCCUUCCCCUAAUUUCUUCUUCUCCAAGGAUUUUUUCUCAGAACUCCAAAAUUUGAAAAGAUUCAUAUUUAAAAUGGUCUAUUUUGACAGCAUAAUUUGGAUUUCGACAGGGUUUUUUUUUUCCCAAAGAAAAAUCAAAACCGUUUCAAAGCCCGUAUUUUGCAAAUAAUGAAUUGUUGAAUAUCUCAGAAGUGGGAUUAAGGGAGAAAUGGUGAAACAUUUUCCCCUCCCCUUGCAAUUUCAGCCCACCCGGUGGAAUUAAAAGUUUUCAAACUUGAGACAGAAACUGCCUGGUAGCAAGUCACCACCCGUUAGCAUUAAAUGCGGGAGCCAUGCAGAUGCUGUGGUGGCUUCAAAGCCGAUGUGGCUGUUGCCGUGUUAGAGGGACGAGCAUGAGGGCAGCAGUACUCACCUCUGCCCGCACAGGAGACACAAACUCACCUUCAAAGCCACCCUGGGGCUCCCAGGGGUGGUACAAGCAGCACCCAAACCACAACUUGUCUGUGGCCAAACUACCCUGCAGAGAAGCCCCAGUUUUGCCCAGCCCAGGGCUGCCAUGGCAGUCAGGGAGGUGACAUGGCAUUGGCUGGCUGUGGUAGGAGCUGAGUCAUCCUCCCCACGCUCUCCCCAGGCAGGUGUAAAGCCUGGCUUAGUGGGAUGUUCAGCAUGUGCCAGUGGGCUUGGCCAAAGCUCCCUCCUUCCACUGCCUCAGUCACUGCGCCCGCAGCCUUCUCCAAGCUGCUCCUUGGGUGAUCUUUGGCUACCUCCAAAGUAUGGCAGCAAAUCAACGUUGGGCACAGCCACACAGAGCCAGACACCACCACCACUGCUCGUUAGCAGCGAAGCUGUUAACGAGCUGCCCUUAGCAUGGUACAGCCCUCCAAUCUGCGUGAUGACGUGCUCUUAAAAAUAAUAAAUUAAUAAAGUCUUUGCCUUCUAAAGGUUGUAUACCAAGUAUGCUUAAAGUAUAAGUAAGACACUUUGUUUUUCUUCUAAUACUUAGUUUUCCUUCAAAGAUGGAAGCUGUAAUUGAUUCUAUUUAUUGUUGGUUUGUGGUAGCUUGAAGCAUACCACUGUCCAUUUAUUUGUAACUGUAAAGUAACGUUUGUUAGUCUCAGCAGCACUUAAAAAACCAGUGUCUGGUUACACAUUUCAGUUUUGUUUUUUGUUUAGUAAGCAAGAGAAAAAGAGAUGUACUGCCAGUGCAAGCUGUUUCCUAUUUAAUAAAAGGUACUAUAUUUGUACAUUAUUUGUUAUUGCUGAGAAGGGCUUUUUAAGGUUUACUGUAUGCAUAUUAAGUAAUUUUUAGGGUGCUUUUGUGUCGAAAUGUUGUUAAGAGUGGCUGCAGGCAGCAACCCAGAUUUUCUUUUUUUUUUUCCUUAAGACUUUGUUGUAAAAUUCAAGCACUUGGUUUUUGUUUCUGGAUAAAUCCAGCACAGACCAGACUUUUGUUUUGCCCAAUACCAACAGGACUCUGUUUGUGUCCCCGCAGUUUUUCAAGUGGACCUUUAGGGACAAACGUUGAAAACGUUUUCUCCGUCCAGUCAAGGCACGCAUGCCUGAUCGAGUAGAUCAGUGCCCUAGUCUGACCUGGCUCUGCCUGCUUGAGAUAGGAAGGAAAGGAUUUUCUAAGUACCUGUGGACAGAGGAGCACCAGCCCCUUGACUUUCAGUAGAUCUCCAAGCUCCUGAACACUCCUGGUGCCUUUAGAAAAUAUGUCCCAGUACAUCAGGCUGGUCGUGGAGGGAGUUGUACAGGCUGAGGCAGAGAUGCUCAUCAGAGCUUUCAGAAAAUGCUUUCAAGUUCACUUGGAAAUGCUCUUGAAUCAGAUUUUCAGACCCAACCAGUGCUAUGUAGUGAAUCAUAUCAAUUUAUCUGAGUUUUUGUGAGGUGCUUGGCAUCGCAGAACAGAGUUUUCUCAAAGGUACGACAGCCCUUCCCUUCGGGCAGUGGCAGUCUUUGGCACCGGUCAUAGACUUAAAGAAAAUAUACUGCCUUUUUUUUUACCUUCCAGCUUCUUAUCCUACCAAAGACUUACUUACAGCACAACAGGCACAAUGUCCCUUUUGCUGAACGAAGGAUUAAAUCCUCUCCCUCCUUCUAAGGGUAACCAGAUUGGGUGCAGUGGGUUGGGACAGAAGAGUAAAGGAAAUUAUUUAUCCAACAGCAUGAUUCACAUGACGUUUAUAAUUUCCUUUAAAAGCCCAGCUGCUCUGUCUUUCUUAGCAUUGAACCUUUGUUGCCAGCAGUCCCCUGAGCAAAGAUUUACCUGUUUCCACAGGUACCAUCAGGAGUGGGGAGAAUUUUUGCACUUUCGCCCUAAGCAAAGCAAGGCUCUGUCCCAUUCUGGGCUGCAACAGCAGCAGCAAGCCAUGAGCAAAAGCAAUAAUUAAACCUGGAUCAGCCAUGAGCUCAAAGAAGUCCCAUUCUCUGCCCCCCCUGAAUUUCUUGUUGUUUUUAAAUAGAAUGCAUUUCAGUUUAAGAUUUUCUGAGAACUUUUUUUAGAUGUUUGUUUACUUCCAUGUUUACAGAUAACUCUUUGCUUUUUUUUAAUGCAGUACUUUUAAGUAUAUCAGCCAAAACCAUACUUUUACAGUAACUUUAGGUAAUAUGAGUGACAUUCCAAUUUUUUUGUUGUUAAAUAUGCUUUACCAAUCUUGAAUUUCCGCUGGAACAAAAUAUUUGUAGCAUUUUGUGUAAAUACAAGCUUUAAUUUUUUAUUUUUUCAAAUGCUGUCACCCAAGAUUUGCUUUUCAUGCACAUAUUGUACAAACACUCUGCUUUAUGCCACAGACGAUGAUUGUGGAUCAGUUUACUUCAACUUCAAAGGGACUAUUUGUAUUGUAUGUUGCAACUGUAAAUUGAAUUGUUUGGCAUUUUCUCAUGAUUGUAAUAUUAAUUUGAAGUUUUAAUUUCAUUUUCAAUAAAAUGGCUUUUUUUUUGUUAACGUUCUUCUACGCUUCUUUUUCUUCCUUGUCUGUUCUUGAUACCAGGCAGGGUAAAGCAAGCACAUGGUAGGACAUGGGACCAGGCUGUCUAUGGCUGACCCAUCAAUUUCUGCAGCACUGCAGUUUUCAACUAAAUAUAAAAAGCAAGUUUCCAGGCACUUGGAUAGUGAAAGAGACCUUCUAAACCUGAUCUCAAAUGUUGCUUCUUUUCCUGAGCCUGUAAAUUAUCGAAGGUUGUGUUUCUUAGAGGAGUGCAAACUGCUCUUGUUCAUCUUGCUAGGCCACUAA